AUGGCAUUAAUAGCGGCUUUAAAAAAUGAUGAUAUUAAAAAAGAUGGAGAAAGAUUAAGAGAUGUAUCUCCAUGUAUCUCAGAAUGUGAACGAUUAUUUAAUAUUUUUUAUAAAUAUUUGACUACAACAUCACUUGCUCAUUUAUUUAAUGAAAAUAAAGAUUUCAACAAUAGAAAUCAAAAAUUGACAAUAAUUGAAUGUUAUCGUCUUCUUGAACAUAUGUCAGACAAUGAUCAACGUGGACUUGCACUAAAAUUUUGCAUAGAAAAUCUUCAAAUGUGCGAAGAAGUUAAGUCAAAGCAAUAUGAGUUUGAAGAAAUGCUAACAUUCAUUAUAAAUAAAUUAUAUAAAAAUCAACUUCUUCAUCAUUUUCAUUGCUUUGAACUUCAUGUUCAAAAUACAGAUUAUAAAUUAAAAAUUCCAAUUGACAAAAAAAAAUUUAAUUUUAUGAAAGAAAAUAUGCAUUUAUUGGAUUAUAAAGAGAAAAGAAAUAUAAUGAAAAGUUUAUUAGUAGAAAAACUUGAACAAAUUCCAAUGCAUUUAACAGAAAUUCAGAGGCUACAUGUUCUACCAAUUGAAGAACUUAUUUUGGAAAUUAUUGAUAGAGAAAAUAAUUACAUACCACCAUUAUUUACAAUAACUGAAGUUUUUAGAUUAACUCGUACUUCAACAGCAUACUUUUUUCCUCGUGUUUCAAAAAAAUUAGUUAAUAUGAUGUCAUCAUUCCGACCUCUUGCAGAAAUGAUUACUCCAAUUGGAAGACCAUGGCUUUUUCCAAUUAUUGGUCAUAUUGGAUUUAAUAAUUCUAAUAGUACAUGGAAAUUGACAGAAGGACCUAUAAAUAAAAUUAUUUCAAAAGCUCAUUUACCUUAUACUACAGAAUACACAACAAUGCAAUCAUACUUUCUUUAUGUAAUUUUAAAACAACCUCGUGGGAAUGCAUCAUUAAAAACAAUGAUUCCAAAAACCAAUAGUUUAGGACCUAAUAAUAAAUUAAAUAUAACAGAAAUAUUAAAUUUAUUUAUUUUAGAAGGUAUGUAUGAAUGUGAAAUUACAAAUUUACCUACUCAUCAUCCUGCAGUACAAUACACAUGGUUAAAUUUACAACAUUUAACAGAAUUUUGUCUUUUUCAUGGUAAUGUAUAUUUUCUUGACUUGUUAAAAUUAUUAAAAAAGUCUUUGAUUGAAUUGAAGUAUCGAAAGGCAAAAGAUGAACUAAUGUGGUUGUUUCUUCAACAUGUUACAAUAAGUGUUGGUAAAUUUCAACGUGAAUGUAUGGUAGAAAUAGCUGAAAUUUAUAAAAUUCUAUAUACUGGAAAUGAAGCCUGGGUAGGUAGUAGUUUAGAUGUUAUGAAAAUGAUUAAAUUCUUUGCUCCUGCUGCUAUAUGGAUUUGCUAUGAAAAAGAUAAUAAAGAAGAAUUUCCAAAACCAAGUUUUAUUAUUAAAAAUCAUAUGGAAUUGUUUAAAAAAGAAGCAGAAAAAGGUAGUGAAUUACAUGAUGGAAUGUUGAUUGUUAUUGGAAAUGCAAUAUCAACUGAUAAAAUCAAUUUUCAGGAAAAAUUUUUUAAAGUUUUAAUGAAACAAUUACAGGGAAAUGAAGACGAAGAAAAGUGGUUAUUACCUUAUGGGAGAAAAGUUGAUAAACGUUUAAAAGCAAUUGAAUUAACAUCUUUGGAUUGUUUUACUUUUCAUGCAAAAGAUAUGACUGCAAAACAUUUAAUGCAUUUACUUGGUCCUUCCAGUCCUCCUUUAUUUACUAUUUCUCCAGCUAUUAUAGAAUCUCUUAUGAGAAUGAUGUUGUCUGUUGAAGUUUUUGAUUUAACAAAAAUACAAUUUUUAAAUUUAAUAUCAUUUUAUAUUAAGAAUGAUAAUUUAGAUUUUACAUAUGUUAUUGCCGAAGCAAUUUGUUUUAGAAUAAUUGAUGUUCAUAUACACUAUUCUCAAAGAUUAAUAGCCAUUCGUGGAGUUAUUGAAAGUCUUAAAAGAUUAAUAUCCCAUGAUUCAUCAAAUCUUUUAUAUUCUAUUUUAGAACAAGUAUUUAUAAGAUCAUUUAUUUGGUACAAUCAACAUGAUAUGUGUCAACUUUUAAUUAAGUCUCUUACUGAAAAACUUGCUUCCAUUACUUCUCAUAUAUGUUCACCAGUUUCUCAAUAUACUGGUAAUAUUGAGGAUUCUUCAAUGUUAAUAGCACCAGAAAUUGUGAAAAUGUUAUACUUUACUUUUUUAAAAAAUAUAAAAUUAACUGGAAUUGAUGUUCCUAUUGAAAUAACCAAAACAAUUAAUGAAUAUUACAAAUUUUCUCCAACGAUAUUAAAAUUUUUCAGUACUAAUCCUGAUGAAUUUGUUUCACCAAUAGUUUUAGAAACAACUAAUAAUGACUUUUUAGUUGAAUUAGUUGCUAAUGAUCCAUUAGUUAAAGAACUCAAAUAUCCUGAGGAAUAUUUAUCAAAACCAAAAGAUAAGUAUAUUUUAUUUUGUAUAAUAUUCAAAUUUCUUGAAGAUAAUCCAAAAGCUGAUUUUAAUGGAAAUUUUUACAAAAUACUUGCUCAUUUUAAUCCUAAAGAAUUGACUUUAUCAUGUAACACUUUUAUAGAAUAUCUUAAUCAACGUUUUAAAAAUAUUGAAAAAGAUGAAAGUGAAAAACUUAUUAAAAUAGUAAAUGAUAUGAUAUUUAAAUAUCAAGUGACAACAUUUGACAAAUUUUUACUAUCAUUAAUAAUGCAUCCAAAUGAUGAUGAAAAUAUGAUUAUAUCUUUAGAUAUUAUAUUUUAUCUUAUUUCAACUUGUAAUGAUUUACAACAAAAUUUAAACUUUUGUUUAACUUUUAUACCACGUAGAGAAUUUAUUUGUCGUGCUGAUUCAGAAAAAUUUUUUAAAAAAAUGGUAAUAUAUCAUAAAAAUUUUCCAGAGUAUACUUUUAAAGAAUUAUUACAAAGAUUGGAAAAAAAAGAAGAUUUUAUAAUUCCAGAAAUGCAUUUACCAAUUUUUUAUAAAAAUUUAGCUGAAUUAAUAAUACCUACUGUAGAUAUGAUGUUAACUAAUGGUAUCUUGUUAAAUUAUAAUUUUGAAAGAUAUGUAGUAAUUUUAAAAACAUUUUCACCAAUAUAUGCAUACCAUCCCUGCCCUUUAACAUUUAUUUAUGAAAUUUUAUUUCUUUUAAAUUGUGAAUAUAUUAAGGAUCCUGCACUUUUUCAAUUAUUUACAAGAAAAAUUAUAUCAAUUUCAGAAAGUGUGAAAAGUUUUACUGUAGAUUUUUAUCAAAGUGAUGUAUUUUAUUAUCCAUCACUACAUGCAACAUGUACUGAAUUAGUGGGUAAAUUAAUUGAAGCUUGUAAUAUAAAAUUAAUUCCACCAAAACAUGUUGCAAGAGAUUGGAGAUUUAGUGAAUUUCCUCCUGCUGGUCAAGCUUUGCAUUCAGGAGCCAUUGAACUCAUGUUUUGUAAUUAUCCUCCACAUGAGGUAGCUGAAUGUUUAUUAAAUAUUGCAAUUCCAAAAGCAGGUGAAAAUUAUCAUGAAAAAAUAAAUGCAGCCUGUUCAUUAUUAACAGCUUUACCAAUGAAAUAUCAAGACCAUAUAUUUAGUUUCAUGCAGAAUGCCAUAACAUCUAAAGAAUUAGUUUGUUGUAAAGAUCCUCAAUUAAUUUUUACAAAAAUUGAAGAUAUUAUUUUUCAUUGCCAUGAUAUAGAUUCUAUACCACAUCUUGCUGUUAUUCAAACAUUUUGGCAAUUAGCUUCAAUGACAAUGUAUGAUAAAGGUAUUGACUUUUUUGUAGAAGUAUUAGUUGAUCUUGUAACAAAUGAAAGUCAACUUUUGUAUGCUGCAAGAAUUAUUCUUCCAUUUAUUGUAAAGAUGUCAGAAGCUAAAGAAAAAUUUAAAAAGGAUGAAACUAUAAGAUGUACUAGUGCAUUAUAUGAUAUGAUAGGAAACAUUUGUAGUAAUACAGAAACUCAAGUAGUAUAUAAAAGUGUACUUUGUGACAUAAUGUAUUUCAUUAAGUAUAUGUUUAUUGGUGAUGUUUUAAAAGAAAAAGCUGAAGAUGUUAUCAAAAAAAUGCCAAAUGAUAUGCAAGAAUUGAUGAAAUUUUAUAAUUCAACGGGAUCUAAUACUGAGGCAAGUAGAAAAAUUUCUACUACAAAUAUAUCACUUCUUUCUACAUCAAAUAGAAUAUUUCAAAGAAUUCAAGCACCUCUUCAUUUUGAAGAAAUUUCUAAUAAUCAUGAUAAUGCUGUUAAUAGUCAUUUUGAUAUGUUAAAUACAAUUCAAUUAAAUAGAAGUGUGAAUCAACAAGUACAACAAGGAUAUGAUAAUGUUCAUAUUAAGUCGGAUAACGUUGAAAAUCGUACUUCUCAACCUCAAGAAUAUAAGGGUUCUCAAUUACAACAACAUUUACUUAACUCUUCAGUUUCAUUUUCAAAUUCAAUUCAGGGAAAUAUGUUAAAUAUGAAUCAAAAAUCGCAAAUCGAUGGAAGAGGUGAUAUUGGUCAAAUGUCUCGUAAUGAUGGAAUAUCUGAUUAUAUUAUGAAUUCACAAAAAAUGCCACAAAUUGGGAUGUCAUCUGGGCAAGGUGUUGGAUGUCAAAAUCCUCUUCAAAGUGGACAAAAUAUGUUUUCAGGUGAUCCAAGAUUACAAACAGAUAUUCGUUUACAACAAAAACAAGUUUUUCAACAUCAAUUUAAUAUGCACCAAUCUUUGCAAAAUAAACAAGCAAUGUCACAUUUAUCUAAUAUUAAUCAAAAUACUAAUCAACCAAUGAAUCCAUAUAAUAAUCCUUCACAAUAUCCAAAUAUGAUGCAUGCACAGCAUAAUCAAGGUAUACCACCUUACAAUCAACAUAUGUCUGGAAAGCAAUCACAAAUGCAACCACCUCCAGGAAUGGCAUCAAACUUUAAUAUGCCUCAAAGUAUGAAUCCAUACAAUAAUCCGCAACAAUUCCCAAAUAUGAUGCAUCAUUCUAAUAUUGUAAUGCAUCAAGGGGUUCAAAACCCUCAUAAUAUUUCACAACAAGGUAUAUCUCCAAUUUAUCCCCAACCACAUAUGUAUCAAGGAAUGCCAAAUCAACAACAAUUUCCUCCUAAUUUACAGGGACAUGGAUAUAACCAACAAAGAAUGUGA